AUGAGAGAAGUUAUUUCAGUUAAUGUCGGACAAGCUGGUUGCCAGAUUGGUAACUCAUGCUGGGAAUUGUACUGCCUGGAACAUGGAAUUACACCGGAUGGAUAUUUACAAGAGGGUUUAACUAAGCCAAAGGGAGGUGAAGAAGGAUUCUCGACGUUCUUUUCUGAGACGGGUGCUGGAAAGUACGUUCCAAGAGCUUUAUAUGUUGAUUUGGAGCCAAACGUUGUUGAUGAAGUCAGAACUGGCAAGUACAAGAAUUUGUUCCAUCCUGAGCAGCUUAUUACAGGUAAAGAAGAUGCUGCCAACAACUAUGCCAGAGGCCACUAUACGGUGGGAAGACAGAUUCUUGAUGAUGUCUGUGACAGAGUCAGAAAAAUGGCAGAUCAAUGUGAUGGUCUUCAAGGUUUUUUGUUUACACAUUCUCUUGGAGGAGGAACAGGUUCUGGUUUAGGUUCUUUACUGUUGGAACAGUUUUCUAACGAUUAUGGAAAGAAGUCCAAGUUGGAAUUUGCCGUUUAUCCUGCUCCUCAGCUUACUACUUCUGUUGUCGAACCUUAUAACACCGUUUUGACUACACAUACAACAUUGGAGAAUGCUGACUGUACGUUUAUGGUUGAUAACGAGGCCAUUUAUGAUAUGUGCAGAAAGAACUUGGGCAUUGCCAGACCAAGUUUCGAAAAUUUGAACAGUUUGAUUGCCCAGGUGAUUUCUUCUGUCACUGCGUCUCUCAGAUUCGACGGAUCUUUAAACGUGGAUUUGAAUGAGUUCCAAACUAACUUGGUUCCAUAUCCAAGAAUCCAUUUCCCGUUGGUUUCGUACGCUCCCGUGCUUUCCAAAUCACGUGCAAAUCAUGAAUCCAACUCUGUCUCUGAAAUCACCGCUGCCUGCUUUGAGCCAGGUAACCAAAUGGUCAAGUGUGACCCAAGAUUGGGUAAAUAUAUGGCUACGUGCUUGCUUUACAGAGGAGAUGUCGUUAAUAGAGACGUUCAAAAUGCCGUUUCAACCAUCAAGGCUAAGAAGACUGUGCAGUUAGUGGACUGGUGUCCUACUGGUUUCAAGAUCGGUAUUUGCUACCAAAAGCCAACACAACCACCUAACUCGGACUUGGCAGAUGUUAACAGAGCUGUUUGUAUGUUGUCCAAUACCACGGCUAUUGCAGAUGCAUGGCAGAAAAUCGACAGAAAGUUCGACCUCAUGUACAAGAAGAGAGCCUUUGUUCACUGGUAUGUUAGUGAAGGUAUGGAAGAGGGUGAAUUCGCUGAGGCCAGAGAAGAUUUGGCCGCUUUGGAAAGAGACUACGUUGAAUUGGGUGCAGAUACCUUCCCAGAGGAGGACGAGGAGUACUGA